UUAUUCCUACCAGGGGUGCUGUUAGCGUGUUUCUUGGCCCAUACCACCAGGAUGUCUGCUAACCAGGCUAUUUUAUAUGUUCGUGCUAAACGCCCGGAUUCCAUCCAAACCCGGAGUCAGCUGCGGUGCGUCAGACAGUUUGUCCAGUUUCUUACUCCUCUGAGGAGUGUGUUUUCCUGUGCUGAGCCCCGAUCCAAACGGGUCACCCUGUCGCAGUACCUGAAGCUCCAGAGACACAUUCUGCAUGGCUAUGAACGAAGGGAACUUAGAUAUCUACCAAAGAUUGUCCAACUAGUGUCUAGGCUGCUGAUAGACAUUGCAGAAAAUCGACAGGUGAUUGAAGAAGACAUUCUAGAAGCUCCUGAUGUCCAAGACAUAGAAAUGACCCUCAGCAUUAUUGAGAAGAUGGGGCCUGAACUAUUUACACAGGAGCCCCGUUUACCAGGUACUCCCACCUUACCCAGACACUUCAAUGAGCCACCAAUCUUCUACCAUCGCAAAAGCCUGAGCUACAGUGAGUCCGACUUGAGGCGGCUGGGUUCUCAGCUCAACCUCCUGACACAAUCGCUUAACUCUCUACCACAGAGCAAUGCCCCAUUUCCCCACUGUGAGUCCACCCACCCUGAAUGUCAGCCUCAAGUUUGGAGUUGCAACACCUCCAUCACGUCGCACAACUCAGCAGGCUCCCUGUGGGAGCUCAAGAACACUGAAGGCCAAAAAAAUACAAACAUUCUUCUGAAGAAAACAGAGACAAGACCCAUCCAACGCAGUGAAUCUGUAGGAAAUGAUGAUGCUACCAAAAAGGGCAACAUAUUGUCCAGAUGGAAAGCAGAGCAGAGGGAAGAAUUAGCACUAAACAGAAAGAUACCUCAGGGUAGAGAAGAUGAGCAGUCAGAGGUGCCCUUUAUCACCUUGCAGUCAGAGUUGUCUCUGGAGGCCAGGAGGCUGCUCGUGGCACAAGCACUCGCAGUGGACCUUUUUCAAGAUGGUAAAGAAGAGCACAAGCACAAAGUCUUAACCUGGCAGGAGGAACUAAACCAAGGCGGUGCUUGGGAAAGGCUGUGUAUGGAACGAGAUCCUUUUAUCCUCACCGGGCUGAUGUGGGCAUGGCUGGAGCAGCUUAAAGAACCAGUCAUAUCCAUCCAGGAUGCCAUGACCCUGAGCCUCGAUAACACUGAUGCUCAGACUGUCCUUAACACACUGGACCAGGUCUCUCUCUCUCGCUCUCACACACACACCUUGAGAUUUGAAACAGCAGUAGUACACUGAAUUGCCAAGACAACCCUACUGUUUCUGAAUACGAUGCUCAACAUCUCGUCUUAGGCACCUAAAGAAACAUUAACAUGCAUACUCGACUGUAUGGCUCACAUGAUGAAGAUACCAGUUGAAGUAGAAAAUGCAUUUCUGAAUCGCACCAUCAAGGCUUUCACAUGGGUAAGCAAGUGAAGACAAAUGAGCGUCCUCAUCCAUUAUUAUUAUGAUUAUUACAUUUUUUGAUUUACACCUAUACUAUCUUGUUCGCUUUUGGGCAGAAAGAAAAUAAAUCAGAGGAUGGAAGAAAAGUGUAUGAAACCAUGACAACUGUCCUAAGCUGUGCCCUUCAUGACAUGAGAACUAUAGCCAUCAGGGAAGAACAGAAACUCAACACGAUUGUCUUCCCUUUGACGUAGGUAAUAUAAUCUGUUUUUGUGCUUUGUCAUAAAAAUUAUUUUAUAUGUAACUGUUGGGUUUUUUCUGCCUGCCUGAACCCCACCCGGUAGUUUUAUGUGGUGAACGAACUCUGUAACAGACAGGAGAC